AUGCACGCCCGCGAUAUAGGGUUGUAUGGGAUCCUAGUUUUUGCAAUGGCUGCAUUGAGCUCAGCCGCUGCAGCUUUUGAACAAAUAACUUCAGUUAGCCCGUUCAUGAAAGCUUGUUGGAGACUUGAAGUGACUGCAAUUCUUCAGAUCGUCCCUAUGGUUUACGAGAUUCGUAAAGAUCCAGAGGCAGUCAAAACCAUGAUCAGAGACUGCUGGCAUUAUUUAUUAAUCUCUGGCCUCUGCCUUGGGCUUACUUUUAGCCUGUGGUGUUGGAGCUUAGAUUUAACGUCAAUCGCCCACUCGCUCUUGUUUUCCUGUUCAGCUCCACUUGUAGUGGUAGUUGCAUAUUUUCUACUCUGCAAAAAAGUGGCUCCUUUAGAAAUCGUUGGAGUAGUUAUAGGAUUUGUAGGACUUAGCGUCGUUAUUUUUGGGAACUCUGAAAGCGAAGGGUCUACUUGGUAUGGAGACGUCAUAGCCUUCAUGACGGCAAUUACAUUGGCAAUUUAUAUGCUUAUAGGAAAGAAACUUAUGGAAAAAUGUGUCCCUAUGUGGACUUAUUUGACAAUAGCUAAUAUGGAAGCUGCACUCUGGGCCUACAUUUUUGCAGUUGCAGUCCAAGGAGACGCCCCAAUUGAAGGGAUUCAAUGGAUCUAUACAAGCGAUUGGCUUAUUGUGAUAUAUUUAGGCUUAGUCCCAGGAGCAUUAGGCCAUGGUGCUAUAAAUUGGCUGCUUAAAUUCAUGUCCUGUCUUGUCAUUUCAGUAUUUAUUAACUUUGAGCCAGUAAUUGGGUCAUUUAUAGGCUGGGUUGUAGGGAUUCAGCCGCCUCCUGCAAUAUACACUUAUAUUGGAGGAGCCAUUGUUAUGGCAGGAAAUCUCACUGUUACUUAUGCAGGAUCCAAGGUAAAAAUUCCAGGAGAUACUGAAGAAAAGUUCUAUUUAGAUGAAGAAAAGGGGAAAACUGAAGAAAUGAGGGAAAGCUUGCUUGAUGAUAAUGAUAAUGAUGAAGGGGAAAAAUUCGAAAGAAGAAUCUCUAGGAAGCAUUCUUUUGCAUUAGCUUAG